CUGUUAUCCAAGACGGCAAAGAAACCUACAGAGCAGUUUGUGUUCCAGAAUGCGUCUGCCAUCUACAACCUGUACUACUUCCUCUCGUCCCUCAAACCUAACCCCGAUAAUACAGUUGCCAAGGUUGGAGUGGAGGAGCUUUACAAGACGCCGGACGUUUUCUCUGAAAUCAAGAACGCCCCUCGUCCAGAGUUCGAGUCACAGAUCGAGGCCUCUUUCGGCUCUCUGCAGGAAUUCAAGACUCUUUUACUGUCCACCGCCAAGGCAGUGAAAGGAAACGGAUACACCUGGCUGGUGUACAAGUUCAGACAGCCCGAGCUGGGGCAGGAAACGAGAGACCUGUCGAGAUUCUCGUCGCUGGCGAUUCUGAACACCUACAACCACGGCACUCCUCACCAUUUCAGAGCCGGACAGAUCUCGAAUGCCAGGGCUUUCAAAAAACAAAAGUCAGAAUCGUCCGAGGAGGAUGACGGUUCUUUUUCCAUGUACAAAAUCGACAUUCCUUCGUUGGAACAGGCACAGGACACAUACGACCCGUUGAAAUACGUCUAUGAGCCGCUCAUGGCCAUUGGUAACAAUCCAUCCUUCUAUCUGAGAGACUAUGGUGUGUUUGGAAAGGCUAGAUACCUUGAGAACGUGUGGAACUGCAUAGAUUGGAGCGUCGUGGAGACCCGGUGGGCCAAUAGA